AGGAGGAGGAGGAGUGAGGAGGGGGAGGGGGAGCGACGACGACGACGCACGCGCCUCCACUGCUCCUUCCACCGUCGCAUCGCAUCGCAUCUCCGCCUCCUCCGUCCCUCCCCGCGAUCUCGCCGGGCGGCGGGAGUCCCAUCCGCGGCAAGGAAGCGAGCAGGGGCAGGAGAGAGCGGCAUUGGUUGGAGGAGUGGGGGGUCAGGGGCGAGGGCUCGGAUCGAAGCUUCCGGAAGCUCCCGGGCCCGGAUCCGGUUCCGUGGGUCGCCCCGCGGCCGGAGUUUGAGGGGGCAACUCCAAGGUUGGUUUCGCUGAGAUGGAGGACCUGCUGGGUGCGGAGAUCGGGAAGAACGACUAUGACUGGCUUCUAACUCCCCCGGGGACGCCCCGUACUCCUAGACUGGAGGUUGCAGAGAAAACACCAUCCUCAAAUAUAUUACCUAGGCGGACUGCCACUAGAUCAUCAUCAACCACCAGAGCGUCAAGGCUUUCGGUGUCUCAAACAGAGAAUGGACUUUCCACAGUUCCCGCUAGACCAGCUAGAAGUAACUCUGUCACUCGUCCUUCUAUUCAGUCCACUCUCAUGUCUAGCUCCAACAGGACAGCAGUUCUCAAUACAAGCAUUUCUUCCGUCAGCUCAAGACCCACAACCCCAAGCAGGCGAAGCAGCACUGUUGUUCCACCAAAGCAAUCAGUUCUCAAUACAAGCAUUUCUUCCGUCAGCUCAAGACCCACAACCCCAAGCAGGCGAAGCAGCACUGUUGUUCCACCAAAGCAAUCAGUUGCAGCUUCACGCCCUGUGCCAGCAAGAUACUCUACUCCUGUUAAAACUCGUCCAUCUACACCAGCCAAAACUCGCCCAUCUACUCCUGUGAGAACUCGUCAAGCAGCCAAUUCUACAAGUGACUCAACUGCUGCCAAGAUUACAUCAGCUCAAAAUUCAAGGCCAUCAACUCCAACCUCCAGAUCCCGUGCUAUGCCCAAUUCAUCUUCUGGUGCAAUUCCUGCAAUGAGCCGUCCAGGUGUGAUUCCUGCAACAAGUCGUGGUACAGUUUCAGCAACAAGCCGCCCUGGCUCAUCCUCAAGUAAUGUACCUGGGAUAAGCCGUGCCACCUCAUUGUCUUCAAGUACAAUUCCUUCAAUGAGCCGCUCCACCUCACGUUCAUCCACACCUACACGCCAGCCUGCAAUACGUUCAUCAGCCCCAAAUAUUGGUCGCUCACCUUCUGUUGGGCGGAGUUCUAGCAUCAGUAGCUUGACAUCAUCUAUCAAUCGACCUGCAGCAAAUGGUGGCCGGAACUCAGCACCUUCAUCAGCUCCAUCAUCUCGUCCAGGUUCUCCUAGUCCACGACCUCGAGCUCCAGUUCGUCCACUUGAUAUCCCUGAUUUUCCAAAUGAAACACCACCAAAUCUUAGGACAAAACUGCCUGAACGACCAUUAUCUGCUGGUAGAUCACGUCCGGGCAUGGCUUUAGGAGUAAGAUCAACCCCAAGUAAUGAAUCAUCAGCUGCCUCAGCUCCUGUAAAGAAGGUGUCUGUGCCUGCUAUGAGUCGAAGUAAAUUUUCUGAUGCACCAUCAAAGACACCUACUCUCACGAAUGGGCGCCAAAACAGACAGACUGAAAGGUCUAGUAUGGACAGUCAACCUACUAAAGGCUCCAGGCCUGUCACAGGCACAGAUAAUGGAUUUGGGAUGACUAUGUCAAAGAAGUCACUAGACAUGGCAAUCAGGCACAUGGACAUUCGGCAGAAUUUGGGUGGAAUACGUGGUGCGGCCCUCUUCCCCCAUAGCAUCCGCUCAACUGCCGGCAAGGGCAGGCCGGCUCGAAUGUCUGAUCCUGGGCAUACCAUCUCGAAUGGGGACCGGCACUACGGCGACAACGGCAGCAUCAACGGGCACUUCUCCGGGGACUCGAACGGAGCGCUCUCCCGCAACGGUGGCAGCUCCACCGACUCGCCGGACCGGGGAAGCAUCGGGGGCAAGGAGACGCUGAGCGAGCUGGACAUGUACGGCAGCUCGCGCUACGAGGCGAUGCUGCUGAGGGAAGACGUGAGGAACACGAGCUGGCUGCACGGCUUCGACGACGCCAAGCCUGACCAGAGCCCGCUGUUCGACCACCGGUUCGAGCCGCUCCCGGAGCCCUUCAGCCCGCUAUGACGACUGCACGGGGCCCUUCUGCCUGCCUGUAAAUUUUUCUGCCCCGUGGUCGGUCUCCCUCGCAAGAUGUGUAUGCCCGUCGAUAUGUUUUCUGUUUGAUUCUAUUUCAGUUUCUGCACUCUCUUCGCUUGGAUACCCAUACGUACUUUUUACGGUGCUCUCUACCGGUAGUAUUUUACCCGCUGCGUCGGAGAGAUUGUGGGGGGUGUGGCUCUUUUAAUAUAUCCCUGGAAUAGUGAUUGGUUUCCACAUACUGUUGUACCGAGGAUCCAAGAGUAUAGGAACUGAUAAAACAGUAAAAGGAUUUGUUGUAAGUUAUUGUAAUGCCAAUGGUUGCUCAUGGAUGUGAAAGAUCUUGUGUCUAAGGAGGGGGUUCCAAAUGCGAUGGACAUUCGUGGUUC